CAUCGCAGGCAGCAGGCAUUGCAGCCGGCAGCGGGCAGCGGGCAGCAGGCAUUGUGCCGACCGACGGCAGACGCCCACCCUGCGGCCAGGUGCAGCCAAGACCCCACAAUGACUCUGAAUAAUGUCACCAUGCGCCAGGGCACUGUGGGCAUGCAGCCACAGCAGCGCUGGAGCAUCCCUGCUGACGGCAGGCAUCUGAUGGUCCAGAAGGAUCCCCACCCUUGGAACCUCCGCAGCUGCCGCUCUACCACUCCUGAAGACCACAGCCGCCAGAGCUGGUCCUCCGACUCCACAGACUCCGUCAUCUCCUCCGAGUCAGGGAACACCUACUACCGAGUGGUGCUUAUAGGGGAACAAGGGGUGGGCAAGUCCACCCUGGCCAACAUCUUCGCAGGUGUACAUGACAGCAUGGACAGCGACUGUGAGGUCCUGGGAGAAGAUACAUAUGAGCGCACCCUGGUCGUUGAUGGAGAAAGUGCAACAAUUAUCCUCCUGGACAUGUGGGAAAAUAAGGGGGAGAAUGAAUGGCUCCAGGACCAUUGCAUGCAGGUUGGCGAUGCCUACCUCAUCGUCUACUCCAUCACAGACCGAGCGAGCUUUGAGAAGGCUUCUGAGCUAAGGAUCCAGCUCCGCAGGGCCCGGCAGACAGAAGACAUUCCCAUCAUCUUGGUUGGCAACAAAAGUGAUUUAGUGCGGUGCCGAGAGGUGUCUGUGUCAGAAGGGAGAGCUUGCGCUGUGGUGUUCGACUGCAAAUUCAUUGAGACCUCUGCGGCCGUUCAGCACAAUGUGAAGGAACUGUUUGAGGGCAUUGUGCGGCAGGUGCGCCUGCGCAGGGACAGCAAGGAGAAGAAUGAGAGGAGGCUGGCCUACCAGAAACGGCGGGAGAGCAUCCCCAGGAAAGCCCGGCGCUUCUGGGGCAAGAUUGUGGCCAAGAACAACAAGAACAUGGCCUUCAAGCUCAAGUCAAAAUCCUGCCACGACCUCUCUGUUCUCUAGGCACCCAGUGUCACUGCCACCCAGAUGUCUCCCUGGUGGACAUCGCUGAAGGCCCUUGGGACCAGUGAUCUAUAUUAGAUUGAAUACAUGAGCAUUGUUAGAGGCUCCUUCCUCUAUUGCAGAUGGGACUAACAGGUUAGCCUCAGGGGCAACCAAGUGCACGGGCAAGGAAUCUUUGUCAGGAGUCAGUAUUUAUUCUUAGGAUCAGGUUGGCCUGCUACAUGGACACCUGAGACUCAUUUAAGGACAUAUUUAGGGUUCACAUGGUUGUUUUCUCUUCUUUGGGUAGCAGAAUAUUGAAGCUUAUGAAGAACGCCUAGUAUGUCUCAUCACCGAAGUUUUGCCCAAUUUUGUUCUAUGUGAAUCUGAUGCCCUUGAGUCAUAAAGAAAUCUAGGGAAAUAGUGAGAGCUUAUUAGAAGGAGGAUGCUUUCUGCAUACUCAUCUCCCUGGAAUGACAGGUGUAGAACCGGCCUCAUCACAGUUGUGACUAUGAGAAGUGUUGGAAUUUGCUGGAAACUAAGCUCACUAUUAGUUUUUGUUUAAAGCCCACAGAUACUUGUAGACUUAGGAGCUGAUGUAUGUAGCACUUAUAGUUCAAAAGAUUGUUUACUUAUGUGCUUAUUUUGAGGAAACUACUUUUGCCAAAUUUGACUUAGUCAAAUCUUCUUUUAUGUCUUGUUGUUUUUGAAGUCAUGGAGCUAUCAUAAAAUAUUUUUUUAAAAAUCCCAACUAUUGAUAACCUAGGGUGCAAAAUGAUUGCACUUGAAAUAUAAUCAAAUGUUUCCCCCCCCCAAGCAUAAAAAGGCCUGAUCCUUUGGGUUGAUCCUUGUAUGCUACAGCUAUGUUCUAUUUAUUAUUAUUUUGCAAAUAACCAUUUUAACAUUUGAUAAAGCAUAUUUAUGGACAUAUUUCUUACCGAGAAAAAUGUGUUUUAUUACCUUUUUUAUCUUUUUCAAAAUAUGAAAGUUUUUAUCUAUGUCUUAUAAUAAAAUAAAUAAAAUCUUUGAAAA